AUGAAAAAAUUGCGAAUCAUUGCAUUUUUCGUUAUUACAACCAUUACAGGCAGCUUAAGCGCAGCGGACAAUGAGCAACAGCAACCUUGGGCGCAGAUGCUUGAAGUUAUGGGAUAUGCGGAAAUCGCGAAAGCGAGUCUAGCCAGAGGGUGUCUUCCUGAAAAUAAUUUAUCUAGGACAGCAGCCUACAUUGCCCUCUGCCCCAAGUUGUCAUUUAUUUCGAACAAAUUAAUUAAUGAUGCUGCUCUGCCAUUCGCGCGAAGGCCCAUAUCACUCGCUCCAUCCACCUCAACUUCCCAGAAAACGCCUCCAAAGCCGCGCGAAGUCCCGACAUUGCCCCCCGACGAGCGAGGUGGUCCGUACCAGCCCUUGCCACAACCUAGGGCUUAUCCAGUGGCACUGCGCCACAACGACAGCGCUGCUGAGCGGCAUCAGCGCCUCUUGGAAUCAUCCUUCGUUUGCGCGGUAGCCAAUCAUCCUGACGCAUAG